CAGACUACAAAGCACGAAACAGGGCCUGCUGCGAGUGUUAUUGUUUGGGAAGGGAGCAAAGGCAAAGGCAGAGAAUGGGAAAGGUAAUGCCUUUUCUGGGAAUGGUGAUAGCAAUUCUGAGCCAAACAGGCAGCCAAGUGGUAAUUAAAAUUGCAAUGAAUGGCGGCAUUGACAAGUACGUCUUGAUUUUCUACUCCUAUGCUCUCUCCUUCCUCCUCCUCGUUCCCUUCAUUUUCCUUUUCCGCAGGUCUCAGCCUCCGCCUCUUACCUUUCCCUCCAUCUGCAGAUUCUUCUUGCUUGCCCUGUUUGGAUUUUCAGCGACUAUACUGGCUUAUGUUGGCAUAGAUUUAAGCUCACCGACUCUGGCCACUGCUCUGUUCAACCUCGUUCCUGCUUUCACUUUUGUGCUUGCUCUCAUUUUCAGGAUGGAAGUAGUAGAUUUCAGAGAAUAUAGAAGCCAAGCUAAAGUGUUAGGAACUAUAGUAUCAAUUGGUGGAGCAUUUGUUGUGAUAUUCUACAAAGGCCCACCAAUUUUCAAGAAUCAUUCUGCAGUUUCUACUUAUAUGUAUCUUUUCUCAUCAGCACAAUCCAACUGGGUCCUGGGAGGCUUUUAUUGUGCUACUGAUUCUUUCUUGACUUCACUUUGGUACAUCUAUCAGGUUGGAUCAUUCACUUUCUUUGAAGCUGUAAUAAUGGUGGUAGUCUUGUUCCAGAUUUUCUUUUCCACAAUUAUGUCUGCAAUAUUUGCCUUAAUUGUCGUUACAGAUCCAUCAGCAUGGGUAUUAAGACUUGAUAUGGGGUUGGUUUCCAUUUUCCACCAGGCAGUGGUUGCAACAGUGAUCCGCUUCAUUCUGUGCACAUGGUGUGUGCAGAAAGCUGGACCUCUGUUUUGUACAAUGUUCAAACCUAUAGGAAUCAUCUUCACUGUUAUCAUGGGUGCACUUUUUCUUGGAGAUGAUUUUCACCUUGGAAGUUUGGUGGGAGCAGUUAUAAUUGUGUUGGGAUUUUAUGCUGUGAUGUGGGGCAAAGGUAAAGAAGAGAGGAAGGUUGAAGCAACGUUUGAUAACUUGGACUCAUCCUGCCACAGUGCUCCUCUCCUGCAAAACAAGACCUAACUUGCGAAGUACCAUAUACAUAUAUGUAUGGAUUUUAGUUAUAGAUUAAAUGAAAGGCAAAAUUAUCCGUAA